AGUGUCUUCUACAGAGAUUAGCUUAUCGCAAGACACAAGCUUAGGCGACGACAUGGGGCGUUGGUUGAAGCCAGAUGUUUACCCGCUGAUCGCCGCGAUGUCGCUGGUGACGGGGAUGUGCGUCUUCCAGCUCACUAGGAACGUCUUCCUCAACCCCGACGUCAGGAUCAGCAAGAGCCACCGGCAGAGCGCGGUGUUGGAGAACGCGGAGGAGGGCGAGAGGUACAGCCAGCACGCCUUCCGCCGCUACGUCAGCGCGCACCGACCGGAGGUCUUCCCCGCCAUCAACCGCUUCUUCUCCGAGUCCGGCAAGUGAUCGAUCCACGAUGUUAUCUCUGUCGAACCGGGUGCAUCCAUGUGUGUGUAGUUGUCGGUUGUGAAUAUAUUACGUGUGUGCUGAUAGCUUUACGUCUUAA